CUUCUUUACAUAUCAAAUAUGAGUAGUGAAGACGAAUACGAGGAAGAGACCAGCUAUGUUGUGUUUGAUAUGGGAAACACAAUUACUUCUGACUUUAUCAGCAAAGCAGCACGUACAAAAGGUGGCUGCCAACUCAUUGGUCUAGAGGAGGGGACACCUUAUUUACAGUUAGGCGAUUUAAUUUUCGAAGGAGAAAUUGAUGAGACUAUUGGUUCACAUAUGUUUUUCGAAGUACAAGAGAAAAAGCAAGAAGAUAAUACAGGGUUAUUGCCUCUCUUAACUUCUAUGCGUUCUGAAGGAGACGAAUCCAAACCAAAGAUUACAUUAAACUAUGUAGAUUCUACAGAGACUAUUAUCAAGUUUGAGUCUGUUACAAUAAACCCCAAGCAAACGAGCGAUAACUGAUAAACCUUCCCACA